AUGCCAGAUAUACUCGAAGAGACCUUGAAGAAGAUAGCCUCCACCGGUCGCAACAUUCCACUGGACUGGGACAUCAACACCUUGAACGCUCACUCUGCUGAAGAAGUUAUCAUGAUGCUGGUGGAGAAAAUGAGAAAGAAUCCCAAAAACCAUAAGCAGCGUGAUGAGUGCAGUCUCCCAAGAACGAUUUACUUUCCAUACUCGAGGCAUUCUUCGUUACCGGAACUUCGCCACUUCGUCAAAGCUUUCCGGCCACUAGACGUGUGGCCAUGCACUGUCAAUAACGCUGAGUGGCUAAAGAAUGCUGAUAUAUGA